GUUGUGGCAGUCCAUCGAGAUCGCGUGGUGGUACAACUCACUGGGGCGACGAUGACGUGGAAUGAUGCAGAUUCUUUACUGGAGGACGACGCGCCUGUAUCGGAAGUAGUGGAUUCGGAAAUCACAACCAGGCCAAUGGCUGGUGCAGCACCUUCAGCUGAUGAAGGAUUCCCUUCUAUACGACGCAUGUCACGCGCACUCACGACCUCCAUGUCCACAUUUGACUUCGGUGCUUCCAGCGUAUUUCCCCAG